AUGUCAAGUUCAGCAGCAGCUACCUUGAAUACUCCUGCUUAUACAAUUACUUCACAUCCAAUUAAACAAUCUUCAAUUUCAGUUGCUGUUAGAGUUAGACCUUUUACUCAAAUUGAAAAUAAUAAUUUAAUUAAAUCAGAUCAAGAUGAUUUUUAUUUUGAUGGUUCAUUAGCUGCUUUAAAAGAAAGAAAAUUAAUAAAUCCAAUAGGUAUUAGAAAUAUAAUUAAUGUAGUUGAUGAAAAAAUGUUAAUUUUUGACCCACCUGAUACAAAUCCAUUAAUGAAGAUGCAAAGAAACGCAUUCCCCAAUAAAAGUUCAAGAAUUAGAGAACAUAGAUUUAUAUUUGAUAAAGUAUUUGAUCAGAAUCUGUCUCAAGAUGAUGUUUAUAAAAAUACUACAAGACCUUUAUUAAAUUCAAUUUUAGAUGGUUAUAAUGCAACUGUUUUUGCUUAUGGUGCAACUGGUUGCGGUAAAACUCAUACUAUCUCAGGUGUACCUCAAGAUCCUGGUGUUAUAUUUUUAACAAUGCAAGAAUUAUAUUGUAAGAUUGACGAAUUAAAAGAUACAAAAAUUAUUGAUGUAAGUUUGUCAUAUCUUGAAAUUUAUAAUGAAACAAUACGAGAUUUAUUAAAUCCAGAAAUUGAUUACAAAAAAUUAAAUAUUAGAGAAGAUUCAAAUAAUAAAAUACUGGUUUCAAAUUUAACAAGUCAUAGACCAAAUUCUGUUGAUGAAGUAAUGGAUUUAAUAAUUAAAGGAAAUCAAAAUAGAACUUGUAGUCCUACAGAAGCUAAUUUAACGUCGAGUAGAUCUCAUGCAGUUUUACAAAUUAAUGUAGUACAAAAGAAUAGGACUUGUGAUGUACAGGAAGAAAAUUUAUUAGCCACUUUAAGUAUAAUAGACUUGGCUGGUUCUGAAAGAGCAGCAAGUACUAAAAAUAGAGGUGCAAGAUUAAAUGAAGGUGCAAAUAUUAAUAAAUCUUUAUUAGCUUUAGGAAAUUGUAUUAAUGCAUUAUGUGAUCCAAGAAGAAGAAAUCAUGUACCUUAUAGAGAUUCAAAAUUAACAAGAUUAUUAAAAUUUUCAUUAGGAGGAAAUUGUAAAACUGUUAUGAUUGUAUGUAUAUCACCUUCAUCUAAUCAUUAUGAUGAAACAUUAAAUACAUUAAAAUAUGCUGAUAGAGCAAAAGAAAUUAAAACAAAACUUAUACGAAAUGCAUCAACUUUAGAUCGUCAUGUUGGAUCUUAUUUAAAAAUGAUUACUGAACAAAAGGCAGAAAUUGAAGAAUUAAGAAUGAGAGAGAAUAAUGUAGUUGAAAUGACAAAUAAGAAACGAGAUGAAUUACAAAAUAAAGUUUUCCGAUCAUUAUUUGAUAGUUUAUCAUCGACAAAGAAAAGUUUAACCAAAUACAAUCAAGAUAAAUCAAGAAGAUAUUUUCUAUUAGCCAAGAGGAAAUUAUUAUUAUUACAAAAAAUUGAUGCUGAAGUAAUAUUAUCAACAAAGUAUAAUAAUAGUGAUGAAUUAAUAUCAACAAUUUAUAAUCUUUGUGAACAAUUAGUAUCUAAAAUUGAAUAUCAGUUACCACAAUUGGAAGAUCAAUAUCAAAAACCUUCUGAUAUAGAACAUAUUUUAAAUGAUUCUGCAAAAGCUACAUUAAAACGAUUACAAGAGGAAGAUGGAUGGACAGAUUAUCAUACUUUAUUUUUUGAAGAACAAAUCAAAUCAAUGAGAGAUAAAUAUCAUACAGAUUUAUUAUUAUACUCUUCAAUUUUAUUUGAUAGUUUAAUUCAUGAUUUAAAAGAUUUUCUUUGUUUACCAAAAACAAUAUCAAAUUUACUUUUAAAUCAAGAUUAUACAAUAUUAAAUCAAUUAGUAAAUGAUCUUGAAAAUUUAGUAAAUGGAGAAUUUGAUACAACAAUAGACAAUUAUGCAAUUAAUUAUUUAAAACAACAAUAUAGUGAUGAAGAUUUUAUGAUGAUUGAUGAACAACAACCUAAAAAGAAGCCAAGAGUAACAACACCUAAAUUUACACGUAAAUCUAAAAAUUCACCACUUCGUGGGGAUAAAAAGAAAUAUUUAAAAUAUGAUUCAAUGAUUGAUUCAAGUAUUGAUGAUAUUUCAUUUGAUGAGUCUCCUAUAAUUACUGAUAGUAUGAUACAACCAUUAGAUUUAAAUUUUGAUCCAAUGUUGGAUUCACCACCACUGAUUAAAAAUCCAUCAAAAAUUAAAAAGAAAUCACCUCAACUACUGAAUAGAAAAAUUUCAUUAAAUUUAUCAGACUCAAAAUUACCAUUAUUAAAUACUCAGGCUGCAUCAAAGGUUAAUAAAUAG